AUGGCGUUCGGUUGGGUAGAUUAUUUAGUUUGUAUAGUUGUUUUAUUAAUUUCAUCGUCGAUAGGGGUAUAUUAUAAACUAACAGGAGAUAAACAAAGGACUAAUAAGGAAUAUCUUUUAGCAAAUUAUAAUGCCAAUAUGUGGGCGGUCGGUUUCAGUUUAAUGGCAUCAUUUAUGUCUUCCAUUACACUUCUUGGAGUUUCCUCUGAAAUGUAUACUUAUGGAUUACAAUUUAUUGUUAUUAAUAUUUCUUAUGGAAUAUUUACACCAAUAGCUGCUCAUUUAUAUUUACCAGUAUUUUUCAAAUUAAAAACUACAAGUGCCUACGAGUAUCUAGAAAAACGUUUUGGAGUUACAACAAGACUAAUAGUUUCAAUAGCAUUUUGUAUUCAAAUGGUACUUUACAUGGGCAUUGUUGUUCAUGCUCCUGCUUUAGCCUUAGAAGCUGUCACUAAUAUAGACCAUGUUUAUGCUGUUCUUUUAAUAGGCAUAGUUUGUACUUUUUAUGCUGGUAUAGGAGGAAUGAAAGCUGUUCUUAUGACAGACGUCCUACAGUCUUUUUUAAUGUUUGCUGCUGUUUUAAGUAUAGCUAUUACGGCGAUGAGUUCUAUAGGAUUUAAAGAAAUUUUGUCAAUUGCUGAACAACACGGAAGACUAGAAAUUUUAAAUUUUGACCCAGAUCCAACUGUUCGUCACACGUGGUGGUCUCUCAUCAUAGGAGGAGGUUUUACUUUUUUAUCUCUAUAUGCUGUAAACCAAGCUCAAGUUCAACGUUAUCUAAGUGUCAAGGAUUUAAAAACUGCUCAAAAAUCAUUAUAUUUAAAUUGGCCUAUUCUAAGUUGCCUUAGCGUAACAACUUGCUUUUCUGGCCUUUGUUUAUUUGCAAAGUAUUAUCAAUGCGAUCCUAUUCUGACAAAAAGAAUCGCUUCGCAAGAUCAACUUAUGCCCCUCUAUGUUUUAGACACAAUGGGAAACAUAUACGGUUUAAGCGGAUUAUUCGUGAGCGGUAUUUUUAGCGGUUCUUUAAGUAGCGUAUCAAGUGCUUUGAAUUCCCUUUCCGCAGUUACGGUCGAAGACUACGUUAAGCCCGCAUUUAAAAGAAUCAAAGGACACAACCUGAACGAACCUAGAGUCGUGCUGUGGACGAAAAUCAUUGCAGCUAUAUACGGAGUUUGUUGUUUGGCCAUUGCGUUUUUGGCAAAAUAUAUGGGAGCAGUUCUUCAAGCCGCUCUUACGAUAAUGGGAGUUGUUGGUGGUCCUGCAUUGGCCACUUUCACCCUUGGAAUGUUCAUACCUAUUGGCAAUGAAGUUGGUUCUAUCGCAGGUUUAAUCCUUGGUCUAACUCUUGGUUUUUGGAUGGGUUUCGGAGGACCUAAAGCACCAUUACAAAAAUUACCCACAUGGUCUUCUAAAGAGGGAUGUGAGGAGUUUUGUAUUGAGCUUGAUGAAUUUACAAAUAGCACAACGAAUGUUCCACCUUCGUCGGAUUACCUGUAUGUUUACCGGUUAUCAUAUCAGUGGUACAUUGUAAUAUCAUUUACAGUAACUUUACUUACUGGAAUAUUAUUCAGUUGGGCUUUUAUUAAAAUAAAAAACAAAAUUAAAAAAAUUGAUACGUCACCAACAGUUGAUCCAGAUUUAUUUAUUCCACCGAUAGCUAAAUAUUUGAAAAAAAAAUUAAAUAAAAUUCAGAUAAACGACGUUGAAAGUAGAAGUUCUGGAGUGACUUUAAAAGACGUAUCUCCCUCAAAAAUAUAA